GGCUAUAAAAGUUUGCACAGAUGGAACAAAUUGCCCAGAUUGAAUGAAUAACCGUUUCGUUUAUACCUGUUGCAUUCGAUUUUGGUUGCAAGUAAAAAGAUGAACGAGAAGCUUUGUAUUUUGUUGGUUUGUAUUGGACUAUGGGUAACGAAAGUGGAAUCCAUUGUUGGGGGACACACAUCGUUGCCGGAUGCCGCACCAUAUGUGGUGUCAGUCCAAAACCCGACGCACAUUUGUGGCGGAGUGAUAGUAGGUACCAACUGGGUGCUGACAACAGCUUCUUGUGUGAAGGAUGCGCAAAAUCUCAAGGUUCUCGUUGGUUCGCAUAGAUUGCUGACUAACAUGAAGCGCACCAAUGUUUCCAGCAUACACAGCCACAGCGCAUACAACUCAUCUACUGGAAUCAACAAUAUUGCUCUGCUCAAGCUAGCCGAGGCGGUAGCUGCGGAUCGCAUUAUUGGUUUGAAUGAUAUCGCCGUCACAACGGGACUACCAACGGCUUUCUACGGAUGGGGGUCACCUGCCUAUGGUUCCUCGACUAAAUCCAACUCACUACAGACACUUUUCCAGAGAACUUUGAGUAGUACAGAUUGCACGAAAAAAUAUGAAACCCUUGCAGAGGUGAAAUUGGGACAGAUUUGUGCACACAUACAGCCUGGUCAGGCUGCCUGUUCGAAGGACCAGGGUGGACCACUGGUAUCCUACACUAGCAACAAACUGUUCGGAAUUUACGACUACGGUGUUCAGUGCAGUGGGAGAUAUCCAGAUGUGUUUAUUGAUGUGGCGGCUCACAAGAGCUGGAUUGAAACUACAAUGAGUUAAUGAAUUAUCGGUAGACGAUUUCUUUUAUGAAUGGAGUUCAAUGUAUAAAAUUAAUGUCUCUAAAACAAUGAGAUGUAAUUGUUCUUUCAUUGGUUGUAUUCUAAAGUAUUUAACUUGAUAGAAAAAUUAUGGACCCAUUUAUUUAAACCAGAAUAAACAUUUUAUGGUUUAUCGAACAUUAUUUAAAAA